AUGCUCCUGUUUGAGGGGGAGCCGUUACUUUUCACUCUGUUCGGCCUUUCAGUACUCAGUCUAUUAAUUGGAGGCUGUAUGUGGGGAGUAGGAACAGACACCAACGAUCAUCCUCGCUACGUCGCUGGGAUUUCCGUCUUCUUUUUUGGUACCGGAUGCUGCGUUUGCUUCAUCAUCGUUUUUGUGUACAAACACAUCAAAAAAAUGCGAAUCCGGAAGCGUGACUUGGCGGAGGUAGUGCGUCUACAAAAUGAAUUUGCCGAAAACGAAGGUUUUGUGGAGGAGCAGGAAGAUGACUAA